UGUGGUCGUGCGUGUGUCGUGGCAGCGCAAAAAGGGUACAAUUUUCGGUUCGCGAGGCACGCGCGGGACGCGCCGCUGGUGUCAUAUUACAACUACAUCGUCGUCGGCGGCGGCACGGCCGGGUGCCCGCUGGCGGCGACGCUGUCGGAGCGGUCGCGCGUGCUCCUCCUGGAGCGCGGCGGCCUCCCCUACGGCAACCGCAACGUGUCCAGCGAGUACCACUUCGCCGACGCGCUGGCCGACACGUCGCCGAGGUCCCCGGCCCAGCGGUUCGUCUCCGAGGACGGCGUCGUGAACGCCCGGGCGCGCGUGCUCGGCGGCGGCAGCUGCCUCAACGCCGGCUUCUACACCCGCGCCAGCAGCGGCUACGUGCGCGCCGCCGGCUGGGACCCCCGCCUCGUCAACGCGUCGUACCGGUGGGUGGAGCGCGAGCUGGUGUUCCGCCCCGACGUGCCGCGGUGGCAGUGCGCGCUGCGCGAGGGCCUCCUCCAGGCCGGCGUCACGCCGGACAACGGCUACACGCUCGAACACGUCCAGGGCACCAAGAUCGGCGGCACCAUCUUCGACCGCGCCGGCCGCCGCCACACCGCCGCCGACUUCCUCCGGCGAGCCCACCCGAGGCGGCUCACCGUGUUCCUCCGCGCCACCGUGUCGCAGAUCCUCUUCCGACGCACCGAGGGCACGGCGACGCCGGUGGCGUACGGGGUGGUGUUCACGGACCCGGCGGGCGUGCGGCACCACGUGUACCUGCGUGGCGGCGCCAAGAGCGAGGUGAUCGUGACGGCGGGGACGCUGGGGAGCCCGCAGCUGCUGAUGCUGAGCGGCGUCGGGCCGCGCGGGGAGCUGGAGAAGCACGGCAUCCUCCCCGUGCUGGACCAGCCCAGGGUCGGGCAGGGCGUGGCGGACAACCCCAUGAACUCGGUGUUCGUCCCCUCCCCGGUGCCCGUCGCGCUCUCCCUCGUCCAGAUCGUCGGCGUCUCCCGCUUCGGCACCUUCAUCGAGGGCGUCAGCGGCUCGCAGUUCGGCAUCCCGCUCCACGGCCGCGCCGCCUCCCGCCGCGCCCGCAGCUUCGGCAUGUUCUCCCCCAUGACGGGGCAGCUGGGGACGGUGCCGCCGAAGGAGCGGACGCCGGAGGCGAUGCGGCGGGCGGCGGAGGCGAUGCGGCGGCUGGACAGGCGCGCGUUCCGCGGCGGGUUCAUCCUGGAGAAGAUCCUGGGGCCCAUGUCGACGGGGCACGUCGCGCUCCGAUCAGCCGACCCCGACGCGAACCCGGCCGUGACGUUCAACUACUUCCGGGACCCGCGCGACGUGGAGCGGUGCGUGCGCGGCAUCGAGACGAUCGAGCGGGUGGUGCGGUCGCGGGCCUUCGCGCGGUUCACCUACGCCAACGUCACCGCCAUGGAGGCCGCCGUGCUUGGCCGCCGCGCCGGCCACCUCCCCGUCAACCUGCUGCCUCGCCGCGCCACCGACACGCGGCCGCUGCAGCAGUAUUGCAGGGAGACGGUGAUGACCAUCUGGCACUACCACGGCGGCUGCCAUGUCGGCGCCGUCGUGGACCAGGACUACCGGGUGCUCGGCGUACGUGGCCUCCGCGUCGUCGACAGCUCAACCUUCAAGUACUCGCCCGGCACCAACCCGCAGGCCACCGUCAUGAUGCUCGGCAGGUAUAUGGGGCUGAAGAUUCAGAAGGAGAGGUGGACGAGGAACGACGAGACACAUUAGUUAGCUCUUCUGAUCACUUCUGCUUGAUCUUAUUCACGGUGGCGUACGAUAAUUUCUUCGUGUAGUUGGUAGCUUUGAGAGACCCAGAUAUUUCUUUCUUCUUUGAUAGAGAUUGAUAAUAGUCUGAUUGUGGACUAGGAUCUGAUCCUGUGAUCCAUAUGUACUUGCAGUCUAGCUUGCAUGUUUUCUGCAUUGUUUGAUAGCGUUAUUUAGACAUGACCACACAUCCAACAUUCAAUUAGUAUUUUGGUGGAUAUGUGUUUGCAACUCUGCGUCAAAUAUUUUCGGGAUUGCCUAUCCA